UUUAAUUAAAGAUUGAAAUGAAAAGCUAUUUUAUAAUUAUUGUGAUUAUCUUUAUCUCUUCAUCUCUCUGUCAAGAUGUAGUACUUCAGUGUUCCGCUAAACCCGGUUGCCGGUUUGUGCAAUGUGAUCCAACUCCUCUGCGCUGGGAUCAACCUGGUAUUAGCAUUGAAAACCAUCUAAGAAGAAACGAAUUCCCAAUAACUUGCAGAACUCAGAAAGCAGCACAAUUUCAAAGUAACGCAAACCUAUUGCCGCUCAUCACUGGUAACAUACAAGAUAUCCGAAGUAUAAAUUCAGACUUGAAUGAAAUCGAAAGAAAAGUUGAUGGAAAUGCAGUUAAAAUAAAAGAAAUUGCGAGUUCCGACAAAAAAUCGAAGUCACAGAUUAACGGAAUCACCGAAAAUAGCCAAAAAAUCCAACAACAAUCUUUCGAAAUAAGUGAACUUCGUGAGGCUAACAACAAACAAAAAUUGGAAAUCAGUACACUUUCAUCUAAAUUAAGUCAUCUUCAUAAAACGAACAGCGAUCAGAAAUUAGAAUUAGGUGAACUCCGUGAAACUAACAAAAAACAAUCGUCAGAAAUUAGUGCACUAGGUAAAGAAAAUAGUAAACGUUCCUCUGAGAUCAACGCAUUGAUAAAGGAAAUGGCCUCGUUGGAACGAAAAGUUGCGGAUAUCAAUUCAAAGUGCUGCAAUAGCGCAUCUAGCAGCAGCCAUGCAAGCGGUUCGAGUGGUUUUCGUGUUGUUGGUGCUGCAAGUAGCACAAGCAGUGCAGGAGGUAUAGUUCGUACAGUUACAAGUGUUUCACGUGGUACAAGCGGUCGUGCGAGCAGUACAAGAAGAAUGUUGUGAGGCGAUAAAGUCUUCAUACUCAACCUAAAUAUGACCUUUAUGCUUAACUAAACUAUCAAUUCUUUCGAACAAAACCCUUUCGCAACUACAGACCAAACUCGAUGUCAGAUUGAGAGAGCUUCGUAGUUCUAUACCCUAUACUUUUUAUCGGAAUAACCCAACAGGAU